AUGGACUACUCUGCGUUACAAAUGCCAGUUCCACAAAGCUAUCAAGGUGCCGUACAACCACCUCAGCCUUUGCCCAGAAGUUCCUCUAGACGACCUUCCUCCUCACCUACUACGGGAAAAGAACGAGACGGUCAGUCGGAGCAGAGAAGAAAUUCUGGUAAUUCUAGUCCUAUGAGUUCGAUAGAAAAGUCGGUUACUACGUUGCUGGUUGCUACAAAGUCAUUGUUGGAAAGUUUAACUGGUUGGUCACAAGGCACUAUGCCAAAACAAAAAGUUUACGACGUAUUCUUACAGUUAACGAGCGAUUUCAAAAAGGCAUGUCAUUCUUUUUCGAAGCAAGGAAUAAAUGUUAGCGAUUUACAACCUAUACCCAAUAACUUACGCGCCUGCUUAGAAGCAGCUCUUAAUGAAGAUCCAUCAGCAACAUCGCUGGAGUUACAUCUUCCUAAAAUUCGAGAUGUGAUAGUAAAUCUGCUUCAAGGUUUGAAAGCAAAGCAGGCAAUAUAUCGAGAAAUGUAUAGCGGUUCGGAAACGGCUACACCCGUUAGUUCUCCUCCUCAAUUGCAUAGACAACUUUCGGCAGGUCCAUCUGUACAGGGUAAAACUCACGCUUCAGAUCUGUCGCCAAAUGAUCCAAAUAAUCCUACGCCUCUUCGACGUAAUGUUAGUGCUCCUUCAGCAGCUCCAUUACAAAAAACUAGUAAUUCAGCUCGAUUGGCUGACCCGUUGAAUGCUUUGAAAGAAAGCAAUGUAUUAGAACGUAGAGCUUCAAAACGAUAUUCCGCUUAUGCACAUAAAUCAGCUCCACAGGAAGAUGAAGUAACAUUGGCUGAAGAACAAGCAGACUCUGAUGCAGCUGGAGAAUCUGUUGAGCUAUCAACUCCACGUAGCUCCGUUGAAACGAAAUAUGAAGUUGGACAAAGUGAAGUGCGCACGCAUACGAUCCCGACAGUCAAUGUUGAAGAUACAUCUAUGCAAAAGGGACUAACACUCUUUUUACAGCUUGGGAAAGAUAUUAAAAAAGUAUCAUAUGAUGGGGAUAUUAGUAUUCCUGCUUUGCGAAUGCUUUUUAUUGAAAAAUUUUCAUAUAAUCCGGGGAUGGACGAUUUCCCAAAUAUUUAUAUCAAAGAUACCGCAAGCGGUGUGUUAUAUGAAUUAGAAGAUCUUAAGGAAGUAAGAAAUAAUUCGGUCUUAGCAUUGAAUGUUGAAGCCCUGGAACAAGUUAAAAAGCAUAUUGAUCAGAGUAUCGCCACGUUAGCUAAAGAAAUCCGGGAGAUUAAGAAAUCAUUUACCGAAAACAACGAACUUAUUCGUCGUAAUGCUGCCCAAACAAAUGCAGCGGCAAGACAAGCACCAUCUCACACGCAAUUAAGAGAAUUAGCGAAAAAAGUGCUCGCCAAUGUCAAGCAAAAGGAGGAAACGGACAAUGCUAAAGCUAACGUAAAACGUCAAUCCUCUCUUAUCACAGAAAAGUUUGUCAGUGAUAUUAAAAAUCAAUUUGAUGAGGUGCAAAUUUUACGAAGAGAUUUAGGUGUAAUGAGACAACUAUACACUGAAUUCCAGGAUGAAACUCAGCAACUAGUACAAUCACUCACAGAGAAGACAUCCGCUGUGAAACAAGUCGCAAUGACGAAUGUAGGAUCUGCGCGUAACUUCAUAGAUGCGGGAAAAACAAAACUCGAUACUCGUUCAAGACAAUUGUUAACUCGUGUCGAUGAACUUCAAGACAUAAUUGAUGAACUCAAAGCGGACGUAACACAACGAAAAUCCAAACCUAGCCAGGCUUCCGUUAGUUACAUCAGAAAAGAAGCUGCAGAAGUAGAAAAAGAACUCGCGGCUUUAUCAACAUUUAUAAAAACGGUUAAACCCCAAUGGAAAAAGACUUGGGAGGAAGAAUUACAAACAAUUGUCGAAGAACAAAAAUUCUUAACUCAUCAGGAGGAAUUAUUAGAAGAUAUGCAAGAUGAUCAUCAAAAAUUAACAGAGGUCUUCAAUAAUAUUCUCAAAGUAGUGGAAAUCAAAUCGAAAUCACGACCAAAAGAAUUUCGUCCAGUACCACAAGAUGAAAGUUUCGAGGGCCUGAAAACGGUCCUACAAGAAGUUCGAGGUAUUGCUCCCGAUUCGGAACGUCGUUUGCGUGCCAUGGCGCAAGCGGAAAAAAUCCGUGAACGAGAAUUAGCCAACCGGAUCGAUGAAUUUGAACAGGAACUAUCGCAAUUUGUUGCAGAGAAUAAAUUGAAGAAGACUGGUGGUGCUCAAGAGGUUGAACCAGAUAUCGAAUUUUUUGUAACCCAACUAUCAUUUUAA